AGACGUCAGGAGCAAGCAAUGCACAAGCUGUACUUGCAAGUUCUGCUGUUACCAACUCAAAUCAAAUGACCUGUAAAUUGUCAAUGGCUUAUCACAUGUACGGCUCACAAAUUGGUACAUUGGAAGUGAUUGCUCACACUACGUACGGAAACUCUCUCUUAUGGAGACGUUUUGGCAACCAGGGGAAUUUUUGGUUAACCACUACUGUUGACUUUGGAAGCAUAAAUGGCUUGUUUGAAAUUUAUAUGAGGGCUUCACAUUCAUCUGGCUUUAGAGGAGACAUUGCUUUGGAUGAUCUUUCACUGACUAAUUGUUCUCCAGAUGUUACACAAAGACCAUGCACCAAAAAUGAGUUCACUUGUUUACAGAGCAAGCUGUGUGUGGAAACAGAUUCACUGUGUGACUUACACAAUGAUUGCUAUGACAACAGCGAUGAAGCACAUUCUUCUUGCUAUUCGGCAUUUCAAUGUGAUUUUGAGCAAAGUAUGUGUGGCUUUACCAAUGAUGAGAAUAACGACGACUUUGACUGGACGUUGGCUCGAGGCUCAACAUCCAGUUCCCAAACAGGACCAGAAACUGAUCAUACGACAGGGGACUCAAAUGGUCGUUAUAUCUACAUUGAGGCUUCAUUCCCUCGUGCUACUGGUGACACCGCUAUUCUGUGGAGUCCGCUUUUCAAUUCUUCAACAGCAGCAAACUGUUCUGUCAGGUUCUUUGCUUUUAUGUACGGUCAAGAUAUGGGGAGUCUAGUUGUGUCUCAAGUUAUUGGAACAUCGUGGACUCAACUCAUGAAUAUUAGUGGAGAACAGGGACAAGACUGGAAGAAAUUUAGUUUAGACGUUCCUUUGUCAGGAGGGAAGAAAUUUAAGCUUGCCUUUGAGGGAGUUCGCGGAAUUGACUAUGCUGGUGAUAUUGCACUAGACGACUUGACGUUCAGCACAUCUUGUCCAAAGCCAGAACUUCGCACUGAGUAUCCAACUACUGACGCAAUGACAACAUCUACUCCAACCGCAGCCAAGAGAUUCUUUGACCCUUGUUUUACAUCAGAUUAAUUGACUGUCACUGUAGAAGACCUCUACCUGUCCUUCAUUUUGAUGUGUCCUUGAAGGUUGCGCAUCAGGUUGGAAUGCAACUGAAGCAUCCACACGUACACAUGCAGACGCAGGGGAUAGAAGAGGUAAGUCAUCCGCGUGCCAUUCAAUGGCUUCUGCAGCAUUUUCAUCUUC